AUGGUCAACCCCACCACGUUCUUCGACAUGAUACUCAAUGGCGGGCCCAUGGGCCACAUCUUCUUCACGCUGUUUGCAGACAAAGUUCUGAAGACAGCAGAAAACUUACAUGCUCUGAGCACCGGUGAGAAAGGAUUUGGAUAUAAGGGUUCCUCCUUUCACAGAAUUGUUCCAGGAUUCGGGUGCCAGGGUGGUGACUUCACACGCCAUAACGGCACUGGUAGCAGAUCCAUCCGUGGGGAGAAAUUUGAGGAUGAGAGCUUCUUCCUGAAGCAUACAGGUCAUGGCACCUUGUCCAUGGCAAGUGCUGGACCAAACAUAAAUGGUUCCCAGUUUUUUAAAAUCUACACUGACAAGACUGAGAGGCUGGAUGGCACGCAUGUGGUCUCUGGGAAGGUGGAAGAAGCCAUGAGCAUCGCGGAAGCCAUGGAGUACUUCGGGUCCAGCAAUGGCAAGACCAGCAGGAAAAGCACCAUUUCCAGCUAUGGACAACUCUUAUUCUUUUGA